AGUAACAGCUAACAUUGGUUUGAGCGCUCACUGUACAGCAGGCCUGUUUUACAUUCGGCUCACCUAAUGCUCACAGCAGCCCUACAAGGAAAGGCCUAUAGGGGCUAUUCCACAUUUUCCAGAUAAGGAAACAGAAGUGUGGAGAGCUUACGGGACUUGUAGAGUUACUGUCAUCUAGUGGGCUUAAAAUAAACACAACUUUUAGGCAGAAAAGUCCAUUAAAAAGUAUCAAGUGCUAAGAGGAUUCAGAAGAGAAGCUAGCACGUGGUUGGAAAGCUUUCUUAACCAGAGUCACAGUUAAACUCAAGAAUGUUGUAGUUUCUACAGGAAGAGAUAAAGCUGGGAGAAUGUCAGUCCUCCAGCUCCUUGUCUGCAUUAAAAUCAAAGGAGAGACUGUAAGGAAGGUCCAGGAAAUCCAUUGGUGGUGAGUCAGGGAAGAGGCAGGAAGCCAAGCUGGGAAGUGUCUGGGAUUGGAUAGAAAGCAAAAUGGGUGCCACAGACUUCCUUUCCAUUGGUGGGUACAAGAGAGCCAACACUUAACAUUUAAAGAAUAGAGAUGGUGUGCCUGCAUCCAGGUCACAAGGGGUCCUGAGGUCUUGUGCUCUGAUGCCAGCAGCUGUGCCUUCCAGGGGUAGGACAAGACUGGUGACAUCUCAAAGAGAAGAUGGUGAAUUAGAAGAUGGUGAAAUAGAUGAUGCAGGAUUCGAAGAAACACAAGAACAGGAGGCAAAACAGAAUGAGAAGCAGAAAAAUGAGAAAGCCUACAGAAAGUCAAGAAAAAAACACAAGAAAGAAAGAGAGAAGAAAAAAUCCAAAAGGCGGAAACGUGAGAAACACAAGCAUAAUUCUCCAUCCAGCGAUGAUAGUUCAGACUACAGCCUUGACUCAGAUGUUGAGCACACAGAAAGUUCCCACAAAAAAAGAACUGGUUUCUACAGGGAGUAUGACAUUCCAUUUCCUCAGCGUGGACAUGUAUCAGGAAGCUACAUGACAUCAAGGAGGAGUCAACAUAACAAAAAAUUUAAAAAUAAGGAAUAUGGUGAGUACAGUGCCUACAGCGAUGACAACUUUGGUACCUACAGUCAGGAAGCAGAGGAAGAGUUCGCCAGUCAGAUGAAACAGUACAGGCAAGCCAAAGAACCCUCCCACGCUGCUCUGGGAUCUUCAUUUUGUAAAGAACCAGGGAAAAAACAAAGAAUGAAAGGAAUUCAGCAAGGUAUUGAACAGAGAGUUAAAAGUUUUAAUGUUGGUCGUGGACGAGGUUUGCCGAAGAAAAUCAAACGCAGAGACCGUGGGGGCCGAGCCAGCAAAGGUCCUGGUGUGUUUUCAGGAAUGGACGACUUUCAAGAGUAUAAUAAACCAGGGAAAAAAUGGAAGGUUAUGACUCAGGAAUUUAUUAAUCAGCACACGGUGGAACACAAAGGAAAACAAAUCUGUAAAUACUUCCUGGAAGGGAGAUGCAUUAAGGGAGACCAAUGUAAAUUUGAUCACGAUGCAGAGUUGGAGAAGAGAAAAGAGAUCUGCAAAUUUUAUUUACAAGGAUAUUGUACCAAAGGAGAGAACUGCAUUUAUAUGCAUAAUGAAUUUCCAUGCAAGUUCUAUCACAGUGGAGCAAAAUGUUACCAAGGAGACAAGUGUAAAUUUUCACAUGAUGACCUUACUAAAGAAACGAGGAAACUUUUGGACAAAGUGUUGAAGGCGGAGGAGGGGCGUGCAAGCGAGGAUGAACGGGAGCUGGCGGAGCUCCGCAGGCACGGCAUAGCUCCUCUGCCCAAGCCGCCCCCAGGCGUGGGGCUCCUGCCCACCCCAGCCGAGCAUGGCCCCUGCGUCGACCCCGACGACGACUUCCAGACUGAGCUCUCAGAGGAUUUCAAGAAAAUUCCAUCUCUCUUUGAAAUAGUUGUAAAGCCCACUGUGGAUUUAGCGCAUAAGAUUGGGAAGAAGCCACCAGCCUUUUAUAGCAGUGCCUCACCACCAGCUCCACAAUUUCAGGAAGGCAGUCCCCACCCUCAGCAUAUCUGUAGUUCCGGGUCCAGUCCAGGCCCUGGGCCUACUGUGUCACAGGGACACAAGAGCCCUGUGGCGCACCCAGGCUCCCCUGGACAUCAUCCGUGUGCCGGAUGGAGCCCACCUUUGCCGCCUGGCCCACCUGGACUUGGGGGACCUCACAGCCAACCCGGAGUCCUCAUUCAGCCGGAGGCACCUUUGACAGCGCCAGGUCUGUGUGGUCCUUACCAGGGCCCCGGCCUUACAGAGCGCAUGGCAAGCACACCGGGGGAGAACCACCGCGCACUGUCUCACCUGCAAGGGCCCAAUGAGGGGCCGCCCAGUGCAGGCUUCGAGCCCCUGCAGAGCCCCGCUGAGUUCUAUGAAGGCUGCCACCCGCAGGGCACAGCGCAGAGUCUGCACACACCUGGCAACUCCGGCGAUGGGAUGUGGCAUAGUGACUUUGCCCGGCAUCAGCCCCCCAUUGUCCAAGGCUCACCUCCCGGUGGGAGUGGAUAUGAUGACAGCAGCAACAUGACAGGCCCUCGCCCUCUGCCUGCGCCAGGUCUCCCCGCAGCGGUGCAGAGAGCUCUUUUUGUCAGACUUACUCAGAAAUACCAAGACGAUGAGGAACUAAGCUUCGCCCAGCCUCGGAGGACACCAAGCAAGGAGGAAGAUGACACCGUUAACUGGUACUCCAGUAGCGAGGAGGAAGAAGGAAGUGGCGUCAGGUCCAUCCUGAAGACGCUACAGAAACAGACAGAAACUCUGAGGACCCGGCAGCAAGCCCCCUCAGAGCUGGGCCUGCGUGCUGACCCAAGGCUUGCUAAAGAGAAGAGCCAGGGAGGCCCGGCUGUGGACCCCCGCCUGAGGACUGUACCCAGGCCCGACAGUAGAAAGCCUUGUGAGGCUCCUGCCCGGGGCCUUAGGCUUGCGUGGGACCCCAGGAAACAGCGGGGAAGUGGGGGUGGGCACAUAGGCUGCUCAGCUGGGCUAGCAAAGUGUGGUUCAGGUCACGUAGAGGCUGGCACCACAGUCACACAUGGGAGAGGUGAAGAGGAAGAGGAGGACGCAGAGAGGGAGCUGAGAGAGAAGGCUUCCCUGAUCCCGCUGGACCCUGCCCCUGGGGCCGUGCUCCAGGACCCAAGGUCGCAGCUGAGGCAGUUCAGUCACAUCAAAAUGGACAUUGUCCUCAGCAGGCCUGCCUUCUCCAGGCACGUGGUGUGGGCCCCCGAAGACUUGCUCCCAGCCCCUCUACCGAAGCCUGACCCUGUGUCUUCCAUCAGCUUACCGCUGCCCCCUUUGAUAGCCGACCAGAGGCUCAGCAGGUUGUGGAGUGCAAAAGGCGAUCUGCAUCCCGGCCCAGCAUCUGCGGAGUCAAAAUCAGCAGCCAAAGCCACAAUGAACACAACAAACAGAGACAGCUACCUGGAACCGUUUGGGGACAUGCACAGUCCCACAAGUAAGUUAGGAGACCCCAGACUGCACAAAAAGUGCGACCCCAGACUUCACAGACUACACAAUGCGGUGUCUCAGCAAGCAGGCCUGAAGGAGUCCCAUGCAUCCCAGAGCACCCUUCACUUAGCCAGGCUGGGUCCUGGUGCCUCACAGCCUUCUGGGGCAGGAACCAGCUGCAGUGGGCCCGGGGCUGGGCCUCCAUACGCCUCUAACCUCGCACCUUCUGCUGGCCUUCCACUGAGGACUCCAAGUCCAGUUCUCAGGGGCAUAAGUUUGUAUGAACCUAGGGAGCAGGGUGCAUCACCUCCACCAGAGCCAGCAGCAGGAAAUGCAGAGAACCAGAGAGAAGGGGGUGAUUUAGAAAAUAGUGACAAAAAUGAGCCUUCUCCGGGAGAAGCGAUCCUGCUCCAGAAAAGCACUCCAGAUGGGGAAGUCACUGUCGAUGGGCCGGUGGACCCACAGGCAAAUGAUGUUCCCAGGAGCUCCUGUGCAGGCCAGGUCCCCGCCGUGCACAGUCUCCCCAUCCAGGCGUUGACAGGCUUAAUUAGACCCCAGUACAGCGACCCACGACUGGCAAGGCAGCCAGGACAGCCAAGCCCCAGCCCCGACGAUGACCCCAGUAGAGAGACAGAUGACAAGUCUCUGAAAGAGGUUUUUAAAACUUUCGAUCCAACUGCCUCACCGUUUUGCUAGCUAUUGUGUAGUGACGCAGUUCUGUCCAGUCUCGUGGCUGUUGUAGUCCUCUGCUGUUUUGUAACUGGUUUACCUCUAUAGUUUAUUUAUUUUUAAAUUAUAAACACUUUUCAGCUGCUAGCAUCAGAACCACAUGAAGUUAUACCCUCUAAAGCCUGUGGUAUUUUAUACGAUAUUUUUAUAACUUUAAGAGACUGCAGUAAUUGACCUAGACACCCGCGUAUCAUGCUAGCUUCAGUCAGAGUGCGUUUAUUUAAUUAAGCAUCAUGAACUCUGCGCCCCGCCAAAACACGUGCCCGUUGUCCUCACGGUCACUGUUGGCAUAGAUGAUGUCCACUUUUAUAUGGUUGUUUCAAGCAAUAUGAUGUAUGUUACUUUUGGGAACCAGUGUUUCGACCAGGAUCCUCUACAUUUGUCAGCACGUAAUUGUCUAACAUGUAGUGCUGACUGCGGGCUAGAAUAUGAGAUGAAGUAGAAUGCAGAGCAGUUCACGUUUAAGGGCAUCACUUUUCUUAGUGUGGGCAAUAUUGGUGUAAAUGAAGCAUUUGAAUGUCCUAUCUUUUAAAAGUAUUUUAUUGUAUCAUAGAAGUUGGAGAUAUAUAGAUUGUUUUGCUAAAGUGAAAAAUUCCCAAGUUCUCUGACAUAACUUUCUAAAUUUAAUUUUUCAUAUUAAAUAGUUAUGAGUUA